AUCGACAGCCUUGGAUAUGUUCAGUAAGCGUCUCGGGAGCGAGUAAGAAAGGUGCUUUGCGCGACGUUCUCCAACUGUACAGCAGCAGCUCUCUUCGUAGUGGAUGAUGGGCCUCCGGCUGGUGGCUCUCGUAGCACUAUGCGCAUGCAUUCGGGAUGCAGUAGCGGUAAGACAGGGCAAAAUAGUGGACUUGAAUCGUUUCGGAGAGAACUCGGCGAGCUGCGCUUACCACAAGUUCCGCUGCAACACCGGCCAAUGUAUCUCGAGCGUGUUGGUGUGCGACGGUCGUGUCGACUGUCUGGACGGCUCGGACGAGACUCGCGAGGAAUGCAGUAAGCCCGGCGCCGCGCAGUGCACCGCUCGCAAUUUCCGCUGCGACUACGGUGCCUGUGUCGAUGGCGAUGCUCCCUGCAACGGAGUCAAGGACUGCGCGGACAACAGCGACGAGACUUUGCCCAGAUGUCGCGGCGCCAGUCCUGCCGGCGGCGACGCCGAAGUCCAGCCGGCCAGAUGCCGAAGCGGCCAGUACGAGUGCGACAAUCGUCAAUGUAUCGGCAGCACCGAGGUUUGCGACGGCAAUAUCGACUGUCUCGAUCGUUCCGAUGAGACUGCUGCGGUCUGUCGAUCUUAUAAUUGCCAACAGGUGAAUUUCCGCUGCAACUACGGCGCCUGCAUCGACGGUGACCUCAAGUGCAACGGAGUAGUCAAUUGCGCGGAUGGUUCAGACGAAGACCCGCAACUUUGUUCGAACACCAGACCGGCACAGACAACAACCACUCGGCGGCCAAUUCAGAGACCACAGCAAACUACGAAAGAUCCGUACAACGUAGAUCAGCCAAGACCAACCAAGGAUUCUGGCAAUCCAUGGGGCAACCGACCGACUCAACGACCACCUUCCAGUCAAUGGACACAACCAACUCGGCCGCCAGUGACUCGUCCAACAAGUAGUCUUCCUCAAGCACCUUUCGGUAGCAGUUUGUGCUCGUUGCCCAAGCAGCCACAAAAUGGUCACUGGUACUUGGACGAAAGCCAGUGCCCAAACCAAUACAAGUGCAAUUUGCCUAGCAACGUGAAGGACUUACCACCGGGCAGUAUACUCCGCUACGAGUGCAACGACGGCUAUAGGCUCAACAAUACCGAUUACAAGGCCUACUGCUCGGCACUUGGGACCUGGUCCAUCGAUCCCGUUUGCGAGGCGAUAACCUGUCCACCGUUGGCUUCGGCGUCUCGCUCGGUCGAGUGCACCAAGCGUUCUGGCGAUUGGAUAUCGUGCGACAGCCAAGGAGUGCCACCAGGCACUUCGGCGAGGUUAACUUGUCGCAACAGCUACAUCCAAGACACGACGGACUUGACGACUCGCGACGACGUCAGGUGCAACGCUGAGGGCGAAUGGGAGCCCAAGCCCAUCAAUUGUGUUUCAGUCUGUGGAAUAGCAACAAGUGGCUCGGGUACACCACUUAUUGUUAACGGAACGAGCACGUCCAUAUCCGAAUUCCCGUGGCACGGAACUUUGUACCGACAGAAGAAUCUAGAAAAGCAAUUCAUCUGCGGAGCAACCGUCAUCAGGGACGAUAUGCUAGUGACAGCUGCUCAUUGCGUUUACGAUGAGGCGAAGCGAAGAAUCGACAACGCCAACAAAUAUUUUGUCGCUGUUGGCAACAUCUUCAGAGAUUACGAUUACGACGGAAACGAUCCAAGGACGUUCAGAACUGCAAGGGUGAAGAGAAUCUACGCGCAGUGCAAUUACUUAGGUCUGUCGGGUAAUUACGCCAUGGAUUUAGCAAUCCUAGUGAUCGAUCGGCCUUUCGUGUUCAGUGCACUACUCAUGCCAAUUUGCCUCGACACGACUGGUGUGACCGACCAAGCUGCCCUCGAGGUUGGCAACUAUGGCCGGGUUCCUGGCUUCGGUAGAACCGCCACUGGUUACUCCAGUUUCGUGCUGCAAGCUAUAACAGUGCCCUACGUGUCGCAGACCGCUUGUAAAGUUAAGAGCGCUCAAGCCGAGAGUGACAGGUUUCUUACAUCCGACAAGUUCUGCGCCGGCUACACUAAUGGCUCGUCCGUUUGCGACGGAGAUAGUGGUGGUGGCUUGGUAUUCAAGACUGAUAACAAAUGGUACUUGCGCGGUAUUGUCAGCGUAGGAAUCGGAGCAUCGAAGCAGGGAGCUGUAAGAACUUGCGAUAGUCAUACCUACUCGCUUUACACUCGAGUGUCCAAGCAUAUGGACUGGAUUCAAGACGUUAUAAUCAAGGAGGAAACCAAGAAACCUUACGUCGCUUGCCCUUAAGAAAAUCAUCUUUGUUUUUCUUUUCAGUGAAUAAAUAAAUGAAAUCAAAGUGAAUUAACUCCAUUCUUUUACAACAACGAGCGUCUCUUGUUUGGCAGUAUUUUCGGAUUCAUGGAGCUUUUAUCUAAGUGAAAACUAGUCAUUGUUCUAAGACUGACGAUGCUUUGUUCCAACUUUGUUUUCCAAUAAACAAAAGUUAUA